AUCAGUUAACGAUCAUUACCAUAGCAAGAAGCUAAGAUGAACUUUCCCAUGACAAGUGCUGCUAGUAUUCCAAACAUACCUCCACAGAGCCAGAUACAAGCUGGAGAAGCAAUUCCAGCCAUCCCUGAGAUCAGCAAGAUCCGAGAGCUAGCAGAGCAGAUUCGCCAAAGAUGCACACACGCUCAUUUGGCAGGGCAACACCAGACUGCUGCUUUCCAGGUAUCACAGGCAGAAGAGCUGACAAAGAGACUGAAGGAGGUCUCAGAGAGGCUCCAGGAAGCAGUCAAGGAUGUCUCUCUCAACGAUGUGAAGGAGAAGCUAAAACAAGUGGCAACCAGACUAGGACUCAAGUUUGAAACCCAACACUCUACUCAGACACAAACCUGCAGCUUCUUCAUCCUCAGUGAUGCUUUCUACUCGGAGGUCUGUUGUCAGGGCAAUGGACACAUCACCAUUGUUCGACUGGUUCAAUCCUCAUCUCAGGAGGAAUCUGACGUGCUGUGUCAGCUUCUACGUAGCCAUCACUACGCUCUGUUUGAGUGCCACCUGCAAGCUCUCGCGGACUUCUACAAACAGGCCAGCACACAAACUGAUUUCACUAGCAUGUACCGGGCAUUGAUUGCCAUUGAGCAGGAGGUUAUGCACAUCUGCGACAAGAUCCAUCAAAUGGCUGUCAGUGGAAUGAUAAUGAGCAACCCUUUAGGCCACGUCACUCCAAGAAAAGCAGGUUUGCCGCAAUACUUGACUAUAUUCAUUCAUCCGUACGAGGUGCUCAAACACCCCCCUCUCUCAAAGCCUCCUGGGGGUGUGGUCUCUUCCAGACAGGAAGUCAGUUUGGACCUCGGGGUGGCCGUCAAGAUGAAGAUGGAGAAAAGCUACCAGGUCAACCGGCUCUCCAUUAUACCCAACUUAUUUGACUUCAACAGUGCUCACUUCUGUGAGCUGACUGAGCAGAACAGUGUCCUCCUCUCUCUCAACUUUAUCCUGGAGCUCAGUAAAUCACUCCCCACCUGCGGUCUCAUUCUGGACAAACUGCACGAGAUUGUUUUUAAGACCAGCAGUGAACAGAGGAUGGUUCCCACUGGUCGUCAUGUUAACCAGCUAGUGGCUCAGGCUAGGGCAACAAAGGAAGGAAAGGAGAAUUUCUCUGAGACAAAUAGAGUUGUUUGUCUUCCUGAGCAGAGGCAUUACUACUUAAUGCCCUCAGAGCUCCAGUCAGGUGACACGUCACAUGAUACGGCCUAUCCUGCCUCCAUUUGUGGAGCUAUGCUCUCUAAAGUUGUGUUCUGUCAUCCUGUACACCUCUUCAGUAUUAUCCCCCUUCUUCGAAAGCAGCUCAUGUACAACACUCUGCUAGACAGCUGCUUGGGGAGGAGCACUAAAGGGGUUCCCCCUGCCGUUACAGGGUCAGAGUUCGUCUUUGAACUGAGUACAAUGCCUCCGGAACAGAUAGCAGUUGCCAUGGUAACAGAGAGUUGUACAAAUCAGGACGACAGAAUCGUAGUGGAAUUCAUCGUUCCCGAUCAAACGCCUACAAAACUUCAUGUUCAAGUCAAAGUGGGAUCCAGUGGCGCUCGUGUUGAGCAACCACAGCUAGCGGAGAUCACUAGGAGAUGUUUGUCCAUCCCUGUUGCACUACAUGCUGCCCUGAGGCACCCCAGUCAGCUACUGGGCUCACACGGUGCUGCUGCCCUCAAGGCAUAUCAGACAAGCAUGGAGGAAUUUGAUCGAGAGCUGGGUUCACUGUCCGAUGGAGAUGGUCUGUCACUGUCAGGCAACAUGGGGGUUGAGGCUCUGGGACAACUAUUAGGCAUGAAGAGAAAAAGAUUAGAUUGAUGAACAGUUUAUUAUUAAGAAGCUAGUGAAAUUGUCAGAUUAUUAUCAAUUUGUCCUACUUACAAUAAAAUUAAUGUACAUAAACUGUUUCAAUUGUCA